CCGACCUGGAGCCCGCAGUUCGUGACCUCAUUCGAGAGUACCACGGCAUUUUCCCCUCGUUGUUCUCGCCGACAUCCCACCGAUGCGCGACGUCGAGCACUCCAUCCAGCUUGUGCCUGACUAUCGUGUUCACCACCAGGCACCCUACAAACUCUCGAUCCCCGAGGCCACCGAACUCAAGCGUCAGCUUGAGGAGCUCCUGAGACUGGGUUUCAUUAAACCCAACAACUCCCCGUGGGGUGCACCCGUCCUCUUUACUCACAAAGCGGAAGGAACUCUCCGUCUCUGCAUCGACUGUCACGGUCUCAACCGCUACACGGUUAAGAACAACUACCCCAUGCCUUGUUCCGACGAGCUGCUCGACCGCCUAGCAGGCAACCGCUUCUUUACGAAGAUUGAUCUUCGUAGCGGUUACCAUCAGAUCCGCGUCGCUGCGGACCAGCUGAAGAGAGCGUUUCGAUCGCGCUUCGGCCACUAUGAGUUUACGGUGAUGCCAUUCGACCUCACCAACGCACCCGCUACCUUCCAGAGGGCGAUGAACGACAUCUUCAGGGACAUCCUGGAGCAACAUGGCUUCUACGCCAAGCUGAGUAAGUGCCGCUUUGCCCAGCACAAAGUGGAUUUCUUAGGACACUACGUGUCUGACCACGGUCUCCACAUGGACGACGCGAAGAUCACUGCUAUUGCGGAGUGGCCCGUUCCCACAUCCGCCAAGCAGCUUCGCAGCUUUCUAGGCCUUACCAGCUACUACAGUAAUUUCAUCCAGGGAUACACAAGGUAUUCCUACGUCCUUACCUCCACCCUCCUCCGGAAGAACCCGCCAUGGGCUUGGACACCCCUCCAGGAGGACGCCUUCCACGCCCUCAAGAAGGCGAUGACAUAUGCACCGGUUCUUCACCUACCCGAUUUUGAUCGCCCUUUUAUCCUUACCACUGAUGCGUCAAACUUUGUUGUAGGAGCAGUGCUUUCUCAGAUUUUCCCCUCCUCUCCUGAUUCCUCUCAUCCUUGUAUCCCUCGCUUCCCACCCCCUACCCCUACCACUGCCUCCUGCCUGACGCCUACUCAUCCCACUACUGACGAGCCUUCUAUUGACUAUUCUCCUACCAUCGCCGAGGACGGCACUGUCGAGUCUCGCUUAGGUGAUUGUCCGAUAGCCUUCUACUCCCGUCAGCUCUUGCCCGCCGAGAUAAACUACACUGCUGAUGAACGUGAGGUUCUUGCAGUAGUUUAUGUCGCUCGACACUGGCGUCACUACCUGCACGGGGCACCAUUCACAGUGCGCACGGACAACUCUGUUGUCCAGGCUUUUCUAACAAAGCCGAAGCUCACUCCUCGACAGGCUCGCUGGUGGCGCGAACUAUCCGAGUUUAGUUUCACCACUAAGCACAUCAAGGGUGAGACUAAUCGGGUCGCAGAUGCCUUAUCCCGGCGCCCUGACCAUGAUCUGGAGCAGAUCCAACUCGCUGCUAUUUCGGUCAGCACCGUCCACCACUCGGUGAUCAAUGAGUUUCGCACUCAGUACCGCCACUGCCCCGACUAUCGCGACAUCCACGCGACCCUUCGGAGUGGAAAGACCGUCCCGAACUACUCUCUCGGGGACAACGGUCUUGUGUACUGACACGGUUCACAGGGCACCAGAGAGCCCCGUAUUUGCGUUCCCUCCACUGGAAGCUACGUGUCCGGGCAGUAACAAAGUUCCAUGACCAGG